AUGAAGCUGGGAGGUGCUGCGCUUAGGGGCGAUCGGAGGAGGAGAGCGUUCCCUGCACCAUCUGUGGCCACAGAGGGCACACUGCUGGCCGAUGCUGGGGAGGUUCCUCUGGGAGUCGAGGCUGCAGGCAGGGCACUCGUGUCACCCCAGCAUGACCUGUACGUCAAGGAUGAGAAGUGCCUGUUCUUUCAGCAGUCUGUCUCCUUCCUAGGGUUACGCAUUUCAGGGGUGGAAAUGGAGAGUGACCGCAUUUCAGCCGUGUGUAAUUGGCCAACUCCCACCACGGCAAAGGAAGUGCUGCAGUUUCUAGGGUUUGCCAACUACUACCGGAAGUUUAUCUGGGGCUUUGGUUCCCAGAACGCCAAGGCACACGCACUGUCCCGGAUGUAUGACACAGAGGAGCGGUCCAUGGAUCACACUCCCAUGCUUCCGGCCUUUUGCUUGGUGGCACGAGGAGACCUGGGACGCCACUCAUGUGCACCUGCAACGGGACAUGAGGCGUCAGAGGCAAGUGUGAUCGCCACCGCAGUGAGGCACCGGGUCUGGCUCUCGACCCAAACCUGCCCCUCCACCUGCCCUGCCGAAGCUGGGUCCAGCGGUUUGCCAGUGGUGGUUGUCAUCCAGGAGUCUGAGGUGCGGGAGGUUCCUCCGCCCCUUCUGGACAUCGAGGUGCCCCGGCGUAUGUUGUUUGAGCCAUACUGGACUCGAGGCGCCGGGCGAGGGGCCUUCAGCUUUGUCGGCAACGGCAUCACCUGCUACGACCUCAAGCUCUGCGCUGGCGGCUCCUGCUGUCAUCAAGGUUACAGCUGGUCAACGGAGUUAGGCUGUGUGGACGUUGACGAGUGUUCCCUCCCAGACCAACCCUGCAGCCCUCCUCAGUGCAGUUUCAGUGCGGGGGAGACGGUGUCCAGUGGGAGAGGACUGUAUCAGUGUUGGUGGAACGUCCUCUGUGCAGACCCCUGCCUGCACUACACUGUACUGAAUGAUGCCUGGCGUUCCACCACCAACAACGGCAACGUUAAUGGCGAGCAUUGCGACCAGAGCAUCAACUGGCAGGGCUGGUAUCGCCUGUUCCUUGGGGACACCAGUGUUCAGAUGCCAGAGAGGUGUGUGGAAAGGUACAUGUGUGGAACCGCUGCCCCCAUGUGGCUCACAGAACCUCAUCCCCAGCUGUUAGAUGGGGUGGUUCAGAGGGGUGUCUGUGGACACUGGUUCUCAGAAUGCUGCCGUUUUAGAGAAAAUCCCAUCCAUGUUAAAGCCUGCUAUGGAAAUUACUAUGUCUACAAGUUUGUCCCUCCAACACAAUGCAACUUGGCCUACUGUGCAGAUGUCAACACCAAGGUGUGUUCUACAUGUGGAGUAUUUGACGCCUGUGUGAGUGAUGAUAAAGAUCAACUGGAGGUCUGCUCCGCCCACCAGGAGGCUAACGGCACGGUGUGGUACCAGGUGGAGCGAAGGGAGGGACGCUGUGGAAACACUCUGGAGACCAACAGCACCCAUGCUGUCUACUCCAACAGCUUAUUUGUUUACCCAUUAAAUGCAAGAAACGAGUCUCUCUCCCAACCCCUGAGCAUUCCAUUCUCCUGUGCCUAUCCCCUGGAGACAGAGAGCAGCCUGGAUGUGGCCAUCAAACCCUACCUGCUGACGGAGGGUGGAGUUUCAGGUUUAGGUGCCAAGGCCGAAUCCUUCAUGUCUCUGUAUCGAAACGCCAACUUCACAGAGGCGUACCCACCUGGAGAAGUCCUCCUGCCAGUGGGCUCUGCCUUGCACGUGGGCGUGUCUGUGGACGAGACAUACGACCAGUGCCCUAGCGACCAUCAUCAGGUGAGGGUGGAGGAGAGCGGCUCGUCUCUCAGGGCUCGCUUCUCUGCUCUGCUGUUCCUGUACCAGGGGGACUACCGGGAUGUCUUCCUGCACUGCAGACUCAGCCUGUGUGACCAGAGGAGCUCCUCCUGCACUCCGAACUGUGGUAGAAGAAUAUCCCGCUCUGUCUCCACCUCGGCCUCCCAAAAGCCCCUUACCAUCGGACCAAUCACCUUAGUGUUGAUGAGGAUGAUCCUGGUGGCUCUGCUGGUGCCUCUACUGGUUCUGUCCAGCGCUGGACGUCCCUCAGAUACGAUUGUCACCAGCUGCGAGGCGUGUCACGAACAAGCCGUCUGCCACACCUCGCCCAUGGCAGGUGACAUCACAUGCACCUGUAAGAAGGGCUUCUCCGGAGACGGCCUCAUCUGUUUACCUGGCCACACCGCCACCGCCGACCACCACCACGCCCCUCGCCGUGUCCGCCGCUCCUACCCCACCUCCAACACCAACCUUGCCCAUGUCCGGUUCAGCUGCGGCUUCAACGAGUGCGCCGACGGGGAGGACUGCAUCACGGUCGCCGGCAUCCAGCAGUGCUCCAACCCCUGUAAGAUCUACACGGUCCUGAACGACGCCUGGCGUUCCACCAACAACCACGGGGGCAACAGGCACUGCGACCGCAACGUCCGCUGGGACGGCUAUUACCGCAUGUUCAUCGGCAACCAGAGCGUGUCCAUGCCGGACAAGUGCGUGGAUUCCUUCCAGUGCGGCACCCAGGCUCCCUUGUGGCUGGCGUUUCCUCCCCCCCAGCAGGUGGAUGAAAUUGUCCAGAGUGCAGUCUGCGCCAGCUUCAAUGGGGACUGCUGCUGGGUGCAGUCUCAGCCCAUCCACGUCAAGGCAUGCCCUGGGAACUACUUUGUGUACAAGUUCGUCAUGCCUCCCGGGUGCUACUUCGCCUAUUGUGCAUAUGUGUCAGCUCCCACCACAACACCAAAACCAGUCACAUCUACAGAAAUGCCAGUAGAGAACAAUCGCACCACAACAACAACACAGUCACAGGUUGCCACGACUACGCCAAAAGCAAUGUGUGGUACCUGCAGAGCGGGGGAGACCUGCGUGAGCACCGAUGGGGUCACUUGGCGGUGUGAGAGGCCAGAUCAGCCUGUUUUGCUGCACCCAGAGGUAGUAUGUGGGCGGAGCCUGGUACAGGUGGGUCUCAACAGGACUAACCUGGAGGCCGCUGGUCUGGACGCCACCACCGCUAACCUGGCCGACCCCCGGUGUAACGCUCACGAAGAGCGUGGCGGCAUGGUAUGGUACCAGGUGGAGCGCAAGGAGGGCGCCUGCGGAAACACCCUGGUGACAAACGGAACGGACGCCAUCUUUUCCAACAGUUUAUUCAUCUACCACGUCCCCGACGUGUCCUUCAGCCGACCCGUGAGCGUGCCUUUCUCCUGUGCCUACCCUCUGGAAUCAGAGACCAGCCUGGAUGUGGCCAUCAAACCCUACCUGUCGUAAGUGGAGACGUGACGUUACAG